CUUGCUUGCGGGGGGCGGGGCCAGGGGCCUCGGCCAAUGGAAGGCGCUGUUGUUGGCGGCCACGGCGGCGCAGCCCCUGGAGCUAGCGAGGCCACCGCCGCCGCCGCCGCCGCAGCCGCAGGAGGCGUGAGGAGUGGACGCGGGGCGCUUGGCCGGGUUGACAUUACAUGGUGUCAGGAGCGGGAUCUGAAGGAGCCAGCCACUGAGGAGUGACGACCCCCAGAAUCGAGCAAGGUACCCACAUCUGAGCCCUUUGUGCUCUUCGCUUCCGCGAGUCACCAUAACUUUCAGUUUGGGACAGACAUCUCAGGACGUCCCUGCAGUUAGUUCUCAGGGGCACCAUCCACUCACAGCUACAGACAUCUCUGACUAAACCAGACAGCCAGACAGAUUGGUUGAUCAACGUGGCCUUCUGUGAAAGAUGUGGAUCAGAGGGGGAGAUCUGAGAGCAUUUGAAUCUAAAAUGGAACUGAAGGCUAUGUAAAGUGGAGAAUCUCACGCAUGCGCCAUCAAAACAGCGGACUUGAGGACUGUCAGGCCGAUUUCCCAUGAACGCUUGAUUGACAGAAGAUGGAAGCUGUCUCCAGCCAGAGAUCAAAACAUUCAGAUGGCAGAUAACAGUUUUUCAGAUGGUGUUCCUUCAGACGCCUUGGAGGCUGCUAAAAAUGCAAGUAACACAGAAAAGCUCACUGAUCAGGUGAUGCAGAAUCCUCAAGUUUUGGCAGCUUUACAGGAACGGCUUGACAAUGUCUCCCACACUCCUUCAAGUUACAUUGAGACUUUGCCGAAAGCCGUGAAGAGAAGGAUCAAUGCACUGAAGCAGCUGCAGGUGAGGUGCGCCCACAUAGAAGCCAAGUUCUACGAGGAGGUCCACGACCUGGAGAGGAAGUACGCCGCACUGUACCAGCCCCUCUUCGACAAGAGAAGGGAGUUCAUCACGGGGGACGUGGAGCCGACGGACGCGGAGUCAGAGUGGCACAGUGACAACGAGGAGGAGGAUAAAUUGGCUGGAGACAUGAAAAAUAAAGUAGUCCUAACAGAAAAAGAAGCAGCAACAGGAGAGGAGCCAAACCCCAGAGGAAUUCCAGAGUUCUGGUUUACCAUCUUUAGAAAUGUAGAUAUGCUAAGUGAAUUAGUCCAGGAGUAUGAUGAGCCGAUCUUGAAGCACCUGCAGGAUAUUAAAGUGAAGUUUUCAGACCCUGGGCAGCCUAUGUCUUUUGUAUUAGAGUUCCACUUUGAACCCAACGACUACUUUACCAAUUCAGUCCUGACAAAAACAUACAAGAUGAAGUCAGAGCCUGAUAAGGCUGAUCCCUUUUCCUUCGAAGGUCCUGAAAUAGUUGACUGUGACGGGUGUGCUAUCGACUGGAAGAAAGGGAAAAACGUUACAGUCAAAACAAUCAAGAAGAAGCAGAAACAUAAGGGCCGAGGCACAGUGAGAACAAUUACCAAACAAGUUCCAAACGACUCGUUUUUCAACUUCUUCAGCCCGCUGAAAGCAUCUGGGGAUGGAGAAUCACUGGACGAAGACUCGGAAUUCACAUUAGCCUCUGACUUUGAAAUUGGACACUUCUUUCGUGAGCGGAUAGUCCCGCGGGCCGUGCUCUACUUCACAGGGGAGGCCAUAGAGGAUGAUGACAACUUUGAAGAGGGUGAGGAAGGAGAAGAGGAGGAGUUGGAAGGUGACGAGGAGGGAGAAGAUGAGGACGAUGCCGAUAUUAACCCCAAGAAGGAGCCCAGCCAGCCGUCCGAGUGCAAACAGCAGUGAGGAGCGAGCACCCCGCAGCUGUGGCGUCGGGACUUGUGGCGGCCGCGCCACCGUAUGGGCAGUGCUUGCUUCUAACUUGUUUUCGAGUGCAUGAUUUUGACUUUAACUUUUCCUUUAUCCUUAUUAUUUUGCUUAACCUGUACAGUGGCAACUUAAAUGCAUUUCAGAAAUAGCAGGUUUGAUUCCAGCACCCUCUACGGCCUUGGGUGCAGCUCAGUGGACUUUCCCAGGCCCUGCCUUCAGGAGGGCCCCAAAGACCCCGGGGGGAGGGGGCGGCGGAAGGUCAGUCCAUGCCAAGGGCAGAUGUCUGGGGAUGUGGUUCCGGGGCAUCUAGAACCAGUCACACCCCUCCGCGGUCGGACUGGCUUCUUCCUUCACUUGAAGAAACCCACGCGCUUUGUGUCUCCCACCACCUGGUCUCCUGCGCUCUAACGGCCUCGGAAGGGCUGCGUAGAGUAGGGUCCUGUUCUCUUUAGAGCGUUCUUCUCUGGUUUUGUCUUCCUCAGGGGGGGGUAGGGGUUGUGGUGCACCCCAGCCCUGAGGCGUGAGUGUUUGUGGUUCAUCUUUGUAUUUAUUUAUUCUUUCCUGCUGGUGAGGGCUUGGGACGCAUGCUGUCGCUUGUCCUCACACUUUCUGAAACCAUGUGUGUGACCUGGUGACUUGCCAGGCGGGAGUGGUGGUGGCUCCCAAGGGAGUGAGGCCUGUGGAGAAGGAACCUCGCUCCGUCCUGCCCAGGGCUGAGGGCAGGAGCUCGUUUUCACGACAUACCACCCGGCUUUGGGGGCGGGGGGCGGGGUUGCGGGCCGAGUGCCGGGGUUUGCCAGGCUUCCGUGGUGAGGGGCCAGGGCUGGGAAGCACUACUCUUCUUCUAGUGUGGACACGCCGAGUCUUGCUUUCUCAGUACCCCCAUUUCUUGGCCCCGUGCUCAUCUUGUCUUAAAAGCCCUGGGUUCAGAGCGACCUGUUCUUGGCUGGCGUGUGGGGUUUCCGAGUGUGUGACCGCAGUCUCUGGCAGCCGGGGAUGCUGUGUCCACACUGUGUCCAGGCCUGUAGAGUGCUCAGCCUUACUUAUAAUACAUUUGUAACUGAAUACAGUGUUUUCAAUUUGUACAGAAUAGUUAGAAUAUUCUAUUAAAGUUGUGAACCAUGAA